AUGAGAUUAGUGAAUAGCUCAUAUAAUAUCAUCUGGAUCGGGUUAAGUGGGUGUGGUAAGGUGUACCAGGUUAAAAGUAAAAAGGAUGGGGAGCAUUAUGCUAUUAAGGAGAUUGCACUAAAAGCUGGCAAAAAUUUCAGGGAAGUGGACAUACUAAAAUCCAUAGACAACAUAAACGUGGUCAAAUACUUUGACUCGUGGUGUGAGCAAGGUACACCUGCUGACAAGAUUUACAUACAAAUGGAGCUAUGUGGUUGGAAUAACGAAUUUUACAACCUACAUGCUGAAUUGUGUCAGGUUGAAUAUUUCAUCACGCUCACUUUGCUCGAGGAGGUACUCGAGGGGGUCAACUACUUACAGAGCCUAACCCCGCCUAUUAUACACCGGGAUCUCAAACCGCAAAACAUCCUGGUUAAAUGUGCUGGGAGUAAGUGGUUGAAAAUCGGUGAUUUUGGCCUUGCUAAAAUACAAUCAUCAGCCUCACAGUCCAAUACUAAGGAUCGCGGGGCUAGAAAUUAUAGGGCACCGGAGGUUAUGAUGGGUACAAGGUACACGGAAUUAAAGGAUUUAUUUGGACGCCGUAUGUUAUCUGGUAUGGCAAAGGAUAGACCAUCAUGCUCAGAUAUACUAAAUGAACUUAAGCAGUCGCCAAUUCAAUAUGAUCUGGAUCAGGUCAGGGCUGAUAAAGGUGGUGAGACUCUGUUUUCGCAACAGCGCCCUCAUUACGAAAAGUUAGUGGACAUAUUGGAUGAGUCGGGUCAACACCGGGUGGCGCAAAAGUUGCGCGACUUUAACAGCACACUAAAAUCACUUCAACUUGAGGUCAUAUCAACUAUCGCAUCGGGGUACUUUGGAUCGGUCUAUAAAAUGAAACAUAAAACCGAUCAAAAG